AUGGCCUUAAUUUUUGUCGCGGUUGCCGGGUCUGUUGUAUCUGCCGCACACCAAGCACCCACCACUUCCCCUACUGCUGCCCCCAAAUCAUCCACGAAAGCAGAAACACCUGCCCCUGCCAAGGCUCCCACAGCUGCCUCCACCCCUAAAUCAUCUCCAUCACCCAAGGCCGCCACCGCUCCUGCCCCCUCCACCGAUGACGAUUCAUCCACUGCCCCUGCGACUUCACCUUCAUCCGAGUCUCCUGCUGCCUCAUCCCCCGAAUCUGAUGUCUCCUCGCCUCCUGCCCCGGCCAGCGAGGCAUCUGAGGGACCUACCGCCACUGAUGAUGUGAGUGAUGGACCCACGGUUUCACCUGCUGAGGCACCCACUAAUGAAAAUUCUGGUGCUGCCACCGUCAAGGUCUUUGCCGGCCUUGGUGCUGUCACAGUUGCUGGGUUCUUCUUCUUCUAA